AUGGAGGAUGACUGCACGAAGCAGUUUUCGAGAAAUCGAACACAACCACAACAUAGUGAAAACCCACAUGAAGAAUUUACCAUGUAUAAAAUUAAAAAUACGUUACGUACAUUAGACCAACCGAUUGAGCAGUAUGGCGUCGGGAAUUAUUUCUUGAACUAUUAUAAGUGGGGACACAAAAAGGAAAACUCGCAUAGCUCCACGAAAGAGGACAGUGAUAAUGGAAGCAGGCAACACAAUCAGGGGGACGAAAAAAGAAACGUAGAAUUUCUUCAGCUUCAGAAGAGGAACUUACUCGAUUGGAAUCCUAUGGAAAAAAAAAAAAAACAGUCCUACAAUUUGUGCACCCAUAUUGAUAUUUUUGGGACUUCAAAUGGGUCCCGCCCCCAAAAAAGCUUAAACAAUUACAGAAUUAGCAUAGAUUUGACGCACCUGGAGAAUUGA